ACCUUAAACGAAAAUGAAAGUAAAAUCCGGAUGUAAACAAUAAGCGCGGGAAGUAACAAUGGCGACAGAUUCAAUGUAUUUGGAGAACUUAGAGGAAUACGUAAACGAUGAAGGAAAAAUCGUUACAUUCAAAUGGCUUAGCUUGAAUCUACACGUCCAUGUUAAUGAGGCUAAACAAAUGCUUUACACAUUUGUGGAAGAACAGAAGAAGAAGAAAAUCCAUGUAGCAGCAACUUACUUUGUGUCGGGAAUGUGCAAGUCUGUGGAUGGAUGCCAGGUACAGACAUAUACAUGCACAGUUAUCCCUGAAGAGGAAUUGGAGACUUUUAAAAACUCUCUGACCACUGUCCAUAGUAUCCAUGUGUACAGUGUACAAAAGGCCGGCCUUAAGGACUCAAAUUCUCUCUAUUUAGCUGAUUAUGAUUGUGUGAAAGAGAAUUUGUUUGAAAUUCACAAGUACAGAUCUAUUAAAUAUGGAAAAGCUCAGCCAUCAUCAGAAGCAAAGAGACCACCCAUAAAGACAGCUCAGGAAGAAACCAAAGUCUCUGGAACCUCAUCUGCAGCUUCAACAAAUGGUCAUUCUUCUUCAAACACCAAGAAAGAUGCUAAGAAAGGGGGCAUUGCAGGAAUGUUUGCCAAUGCAGCUACUAAAAAGGCUGAUGCUAGUAAAAAGCAAGAAAUUAAGGCCGAGACUAAUGGGACCACCACUGCAGGCAAAGCUGACAAGAAAAAUCAGAAGGAUGCCAAAAAAGGUGUUGCCAACUUCUUUGCCAAUCACACAGGUAAAAAGGCCGCACCAAAGACUAUGGAAGUUAAGAAAGAGGAAAAUGAGGAAGAAGCUGAAAAGAAAAAAGAUACAAAGCCAAAACAAAAUGGCAAGGGGAAGAGAUCCAAACAGGCCAGGAAUGGAGACUCAGAUGAAGAAGGUAACAAGAAAAAGAGGCGGAGGAUCAGGAUUGAGAUGUCAGAGAGCAGUGAGGAGGAGAUGGAUUAUGAAAGCCCUGUCCCUAGUCCUGUCCCUAGUCCUACAAGGGAGCCCUCCCCUGUACCUGACACCCCAGAGAAAGAAAGUCCCAAGAAACAGGAAGUCCCUGUCAAACCCUCUCAAAAUGGAGAGAAACACAGAAAACGCAGGAGAAAGUUAGUUCCCAAGACUUUUAUGGAUGAAGAUGGAUACAUGGUGACCGAAAAGGUUUGGGAAAGUGAGUCUACCGAUGCCUCCGAUGCCGAGCCUCCCCCUGUGAAGGAAACCCCCAAACCCUCAUCUCCGCAGAAGAAGAAGAAGGCCUCACCAAAGAAGAAGUCUCCCCCCUCAACAGGCAGCAAGAAACAAACCUCGUUAUCCUCUUUCUUUUCCAAGAAAUAGACAAUCGUCAAGUACUCCCUUGUCAGACCUAGAAUUCUUGUUGGCUAGGACAUGCUGUUCAUUUCUCCCAUAUUUAUUUAUAGCAACUAGUAGAAUUUAUUGUGUGAAUUACCAAGACAUCAAGUGUUGUAUUGUCAGAAUAGAAGUCUCCUUUUGUCUAGAACAUGCUGGUCAAUUCUGUCAUAUUUAUUUAAACAACAAGUAGAAUUUAUUGUGUGAAUUACCAAGACAUCAAGUGCUGUAUUGUCAGACAGAAGUCUCCUUUUGUCUAGAACAUGCUGGUCAAUUCUGUCAUUUAUUUAUAGCAACAAGUAGAAUUUAUUGUGUGUGGACAAAAAGCAUAAAAUUGUUUGUUACAAUAAAAGAAGUGGUCAUGUC